UGUUGCCUCAGUAAGCGAAUUAGGCUUUAAAAACCAAGGCAACAUCCUUUCUGACACUCAGCUGACAGUGAACCAUUGAGCCUGUUUCAUUGAACACUGCAGUGUCUUGCAUUAACCUAGAACUACGAGCUAGAAUGGAGUAUAACCAUGCUGCAGAGAUGAAUGGAGUAGUGUCAGAUUACCUGAACAUGUGCAUUGAGUCCAAGCAUAAUGAUUUGUGCAAAGAGAAAGACACCAAAGAGGCCGCAGAUUCAAAAAAGCUGUCUCUGAUUGAGAAAUCUUAUGGCACCAUACUGAGUGAGCUUGGAGAGGACGUGGACCGAGAGGGACUCAGACGUACACCACUGCGUGCAGCCAAAGCCAUGCAGUUCCUCACCAAAGGCUACAAGGAAACCACCAAAGAUAUCUUAAAUGAUGCAAUCUUUGAUGAAAACCAUGAUGAGAUGGUGAUUGUCAAGGAUAUCGAGCUGUAUUCUCUCUGUGAACAUCACCUGGUUCCCUUCUUUGGAAAGGCUCACAUAGCAUACCUCCCAAACAAGAAAGUGGUGGGUCUUAGCAAACUUGCAAGAAUUGUUGAGAUCUACAGCAGGAGACUUCAAGUUCAGGAGCGUCUUACCAAACAAAUUGCUUCAGCCAUCUCCGAAGCGCUGGAGCCUGCUGGCGUGGCAGUGGUGAUUGAGGCUGUUCACAUGUGCAUGGUGAUGAGAGGUGUGCAGAAGAUGAAUGCCAGUACUAUCACGAGUGUCAUGCUCGGAGGAUUUCACGAUGAUCCAAGGAUCAGAAAGGAGUUUAUUGCUCUAACAUUGAAGAAGUGAAGGGUACGACAGCCAGCAGUUCAACAGAGGGAAUUCUUUUUUACAAGCAACUGUUGAAUAAUGAACCUCUGACAUAGUUUUUUUUAAGUGUUUUUGUAAACAUUUAUCCUGUUUUAAAUUACAAGGAAUGUCUUUGAAAAAAUACACCGGAACUUCUAGUGGUAAAUUAAUAAUUGUUGGUAAAGUUUAAUUAAUGUAUUGUCAACAUAGUGCUUAUAAUUUCACAUGCAAAUGUACACUGAAAAUAAACACUGCUGUAAAAGUA